UUGUCAUUUCAAAAGUUCGGAAACUUUCGGUGCUUUUUUAUUUUUUAAUUUAAAAUUAUAUUACGAACGAAUAAGGAUUCAUUGAGAGGAAAAAAAGAAAUUACCAAAAAAUUAAACAUCUGUAAAAAUUAACAGUAUGAAGACAAGUAUUUUAAUUCUAUUCAUCUUGGCUCACGUGGCGAAAAGUUUUGACUCUACAAAUAUAGUGUUCACAAUAGUAAGUCAAUCGGAGCCUUAUCAUGCAAGCGUCGCAAGGCGGCUCAAAAUGGAUAUUGAGAACCAAAUAUAUGAGUUAGAAGGGCGGGAAGCGAAGGUGCAUAUAACGCACGAAGAUUUCGCCGUGCCAGGUGCGUGGACGAUAAUACCACUGCUCAGACCUCUAGUUAGCAAAUACCAGGGCAGUGAUGUCCGAUGGGUGCUGUUCGUGGAGCCGCAUACCGCUGUGCGAUGCGGCAAGCUGAUAGAAGCGCUGGCUGCCGCCGAUAAACAGAAGGACACAAUGUGGAUAGGUUACCCUCUGAGUGACGACGAGCCCACUAUAAUUCAUCACUUCACCUUUUUCGAAGAGCUAGAGGAAGAUGGCGGCUUUGUAUACCCAAACUUCGCCAGUGGGUUUGCGAUGAGGAUGGAAUUGAUUGAAAGUCUUAUAAAAAAGAUCGAAAGUGGCGAGAGGCAGCUAGAAGCAGAUUUCUCGAUAGACCCGGCGUUCGAACUUGCUCGGCUUGUUUACGGGUCUAAAGACCAACGAGGUCCACUUCUGACCCCAGACCUUAGUUUCUGUGUCGUCUCCAUGGACAACUGCGCUACGUAUCCAAGACAGUUUGAGUCUUGUGGCAGUGCGAUACCGGAGAGCUCCGUGUACUUCGCGGUGAAGACCUGGAGCGGCUUCCACGAGUCACGGGCUAGGGUUGUUAAGAAGACCUGGGGGAGACAUGUCACAAAUCUGCAUUUCUUUAGUGACCUGGAAGAUCCAACACUACCCUCUACGAACCUCGGCAUCCCGAACACCAAGACCGGUCACUGCGCCAAAACGAUCGCCAUUUUGAAAGAAGUGUUGCGAAGAGUUGAGAAGAUGCCGCAGAUCAAGUGGAUAUUCCUCGCUGAUGAUGAUACUAUUUUGGGUGUGCGAAGGCUGUGCGAGGUGCUGAGCUGCUACCGCGGGGGCGGGGACGUCACGGUGCUGGGCGAGAGGUACGGCUACGGCUACGGGAAACCUGACGCGGCUGGCAAAGGCUACGACUACAUAACCGGCGGCGGCGGCACCGCGCUGAGCGCCGGCGCGGCGCGGCUGCUGGCCCGCUGCGCCUGCGCGGCGCCGCACGCGCCCGACGACAUGUCGCUCGGCGCCUGCGCGCUGCGCCUGCGCGCGCCGCUCGCGCACUCGCCGCUGUUCCACCAGGCUAGACCACAGGACUACCCCCGAGAAGUGCUAGCUCGAGACAGACCAGUCUCCUUCCACCGCCUGCCGCGAGAGCCGGUCAAGAUCUACGCCGCCUGGUUCCAGCACGACGACCUAGCUCUCAGCACUGUUAGGGACGAAUUGUGAACAUUAUAUUUGUUUUUGUUAAAAUGUGAACAAGAAAAAGAAAAUUUUAUAUAUGCUUGAAAUAAAGUUUAAAGACAAAUUAAAAAACAGUAUGUUUAUUGCUUUGGUUAGAUUUUUAUGUUAAUAAAAACAUUUUAAAACGAAAAAAGGAAAUUAAUGGGUAUAUUAAUAAUAUUGAUUGCGGGAAAGAAUUAAAAACUUAAAUGUAAUUGUUAUACGCUUUUGAAUUGUGAUGUAAGAAAUUGGUCAUUAUAUUUAAUUUAAUUUUAGCGUAUCCAGAGACACUUAUUCUGACUGUGACAAGUUGGCUUUCAUAAUAAAUAAUGAAAGUAUGGAUUCGUUAGACACAUUUUGAUUUAUAUUGACUGAAAUGAAAAGCUGUCUGAUGCUAUUUAGGUUAAACUUAAGAAAAAAAUUAUUAGACAACUUAAAAUAAGCUUCUAUUGAGACAUUCCGAUUGGUAUACAAUAUGAAAAUCUUUUCAAAAUUAUUUUAGAGAAAAUAGGGGCAAUUGGUGGCGGUAGCUUUCAAAUCCUCUAUUAAGCUUUCACAAGCUUUCUUUUAUAGAGAAAGCUUCUAAAAUUAAUGAUUUUUAUUCAUAUAAAUACCUAUUACUCUGUAAUUUAGCAAAAUUAAGUUCUAUAUACAUCGAUUUUAUUUUAUUUUGAUGUGCUUGUGAUAAUAUGGAAUUUGUACUUAUAUUAAUUUUGUGUUAAUAAUUAUUAUUUAACAUGUGCCAGUAUGUGUAGAUAAAGUACAUAUCACUUUUGUUUCAAAUAUA